GUGCUGCGAAUGUUCUGCUUCAACUGCCACCACUUUCUCUUCUCGCGCGCCAACGUCGAGGUGUACAUCGCCCAGCUGCGGGCGCUGAACCUCGGCCUCGACUUUGUCCUCGACGACCUGCAGGAGUACGCCAACGAGCUGACGGGCAUCAACGCCCAAUUUGACUGGAACAGCCCCGAGGGGCAGACCUACCUGCGCGGGCGGCUGAACGACAAGAUCAACAGCGAGUACUCGCUGCUCAAGUCGAACAAGGAGAAGCUGUUUGCUGCGGAAGAGGAAACAUCGCAAGCAUCGUCCUCUUCUUCAAAACCGAGCACCUCAACUGCUUCUCAGGUCAAAUCUGAUGGAGUGCCCCUCGUUACCCUCGAAUCAGUGGAAAUCAUGAACUCGAAGAACGUGGUGGAGAAGAAGCAGCACCUCUUCAAGGACUUCAUCGGCGGGAAGCUGGUGAAGCCGGGGAAGGUCUGCCACAGCUGCAAUGCCCGCAAGGCAGGCAUGAACGUCAUCAAUCGCUCGCUGAUUGUCCUCAGUGCCGCCAAGGCGGCCGCCUCGGUGGCCAAGUUCAACGGCAACAACGAGGACUCAAAUGACAGCACCGAGGGAGGAAACAACGCCACCGGGAUCAACAUCGAGAUGAAGGGCAAGUCCUACCUAACGCCGGCGCAGGCCCGGGAGCACCUGCGCCGCCUCUGGGCCCACGAGAAGGACACCCUGGUGCGCAUCUUUCCCUUCAUCAACCUCGACGUGGAGGAGGACCUGGUGAAGAUGAGCAAGGGCAGCAGCAAAAACAGCAGCAGCUCUUGUCCACUGGACGUCUUCUUCUGGGAGACGAUCAUCGUCAGCCCGAACCGCUUCCGGCCCCUUCGCUUCCUCAACGGCCGCUCCUUUGAGCACUACCGCACCUCGGCCCUCGCCGAGCUGAUGGUCGUCGCGAAGAGCCUCGAGUACGCGCUGGAGACGGCGAAGAAGAACAACAGCGGCGAGUCGAUUGCCCGCUUCCACGGCAGCUGGCAGCGGCUGCAGAUUCUCGCCAACCGCCUCUACGACGCCCGCCUCGACGCCCUGCCCGACAACAAGGCGGUGGGCGUGAAGCAGAUUCUGGAGAAGAAGGAGGGCCUGCUGCGGAAGAACAUGAUGGGCAAGCGGGUCAACUUUGCCGCCCGCUCUGUCAUCAGCCCCGACCCGUACAUCAUGGUGGACGAGAUUGGCGUGCCGGUGGUGUUUGCCAGCCGCCUCAGCUACCCGCAGCCGGUGACGCAGUGGAACCUCCACCAGCUGCAGCAGGCGGUUCUAAAUGGGCCCCUGGUCUGGCCGGGCGCCCUCUCGGUCACCUACGAGGAUGGCUACACCGUCCGCCUGUCGCCGGACAGCGUUGACCAACGGAGGGAGGUGGCCGGAACACUUCAUCCGCCCAGCAUGAAGGGCGUGCAGACGGUGAACCGGCACCUCCUCUCCGGCGACGUCCUCCUUCUCAACCGUCAGCCGACGCUGCACAAGCCCUCCAUAAUGGCGCAUAAGGCGCGAGUCCUCCCACGGGAGAAGACCCUCCGCCUGCACUACGCCAACUGCAAGUGCUACAACGCCGACUUUGACGGCGACGAGAUGAACGCCCACUUUCCGCAGUCGGAGCUGGCGAGGGCGGAGGCCUAUGGAGUGGCCUCCGUCAACUACCAAUUUCUGGUGCCCAAGGACGGCUCGCCCCUUAGUGGGCUCAUCCAGGACCACAUUGUCGCGGGGGUGAUGCUCACCGUGAGGGGGCGCUUCUUCAACAAGGGCGACUACCAGCAGCUGGUGUACGGAGCGCUCAGUUUCACCAACCGGCCCAUUCGCUUCCUGCCCCCUUCCAUUCUCCGGCCCGCCCAGCUCUGGUCUGGGAAGCAGAUCAUCAGCACGCUGGUGAUGAACCUGGUGCCCGAGGGCCGGCCGCUGCCCUCCUUUGAGAUUGAGUCGAAGAUUGGCGCGAAGAUGUUUAUCAGUCGGCCGCCGAAGGAGGGAGGAGGAUAUUUUAUGGUUGGCGAUAAGGAGAUGUGCGAAAGUGUGGUCGUCUUUCGGCGAGGGGAGCUGCUGCAGGGCGUCAUGGACAAGGUCAAUUUUGGGGCGAACAAGAAUGGGCUGAUUCACGUCUGCUAUGAGCUCUACGGCGGGGAUGUUCAUACGAGGCUGCUCACCUCCAUCGCCCGCCUCUCGACGAACUUCCUCCAGUCGCAUCACGGCUUUACACUGGGCAUCCACGACAUUCUGGUGCAGGCGAAGCCGAACAAGGAACGCCGCCGGCUGAUUCGCACUGCCAAGGACCUGGGCACGAAGGCGGUGGCCGAUGCUUUUAACCUCGGCUCGACGCUCGCCGCUGGCGAAGAGCUCACCGAGCGGGAGAUCGAGGAGAAGUUGGCCUUUGCGGCCACAAGCCGCGAUGACUUUUACCUCAAGCAGCUCGAUGCCGCCUACAAGAGCCACACUGACACGCUGAGCAAUGCCAUCAGCGGCGCCUGUCUCCCGAAGGGGCUGGUGAAGCCCUUUCCCUCGAACAACCUGCAGAUGAUGAUCCAGGCGGGGGCAAAGGGAGGGUCGGUGAACGCCAUCCAGAUCAGCGCCCUCCUCGGGCAGAUUGAGCUGGAGGGGCGGCGGAUUCCGCUGAUGAUGAGCGGGCGGACGCUGCCCAGCUUCCGCCCCUACGAGACACACCCCCGGGCGGGCGGCUUCGUCACGGGGCGCUUCCUGACCGGCAUCCGCCCCCAGGAGUUCUUCUUCCACUGCAUGGCCGGCCGGGAGGGGCUGAUUGACACGGCGGUGAAGACCAGCCGGUCGGGGUACCUCCAGCGCUGUCUGAUCAAGCACCUCGAGGGCCUGGUGGUCAACUACGACCUGACGGUGCGCGAUUCGGAGGGCAGUGUGGUGCAGUGGAUGUACGGCGAGGAUGGGUUGGAUGUGAUUCGCUCGCAGUGUCUGAAGGCGGCCUUCUUUCCCACCAUUCGGGCCAAUGUGGAGGCGUUGAAGCCGAGGAAGGAGGAGCUGGCACG